UAAUCAAGAUACAACUUCAAUUCUAGGUUGUGAUCCAAUCCCUCCAUUGACCCACGAGACCUCAUCAUGAGUCAGCCUUAUCAUGAGAAAAAAAUGAACCAUGGAGAGGCAGUGGAGUGAGGAAGACGAGUUUGUGGCAGAGCUGAAGGAGAAGCUGUCGGUGAUGGACAGUGGAGGGCUUAGAAUCGCACUUGGACAAGAGGGGAAAGCAUCAGCACCAAUUGGAACUGCUGAGGAGGAGCAGACUCAGAGUCCUGAUGAUGAGGCUGCAGCGAGGCAGAGGCAGCUGGAAGAGGUUAAAAAACAGGGAGAGGAGCGAGAGAAAGAAGAGAGGGAGAAAGACGAGAGAAGCCUGAAGACUGCCCUGGAGGCCGUGCAGAGGAAGGAGAAAGAGUGGAGGGAGAGGGAGAGCCGGGAGCAAGACGCCAGGAAGGCAGAGAUCAAGAGGAAGAUCGAGGAAGAGAGGAAAAAGAGGAAGGACAUCCUGAAGGCCGCCAAGGAAGCGGUGAAGGCAAAGGAGAAAGCGUGGAGGCAGAGGGAGGAGCUGGAGGGGGAGGAGAACUACGGGAGAAAGGGAGAGACGCAAAAGCAGAUAGAGCACGAGAGGAGAAACGGAAAGCACUUCCUGAAGGAGGUCAAGGCAGCGAUGAGGAGGGAGGAGAGGAUGAGGAAGGAUUGGGAGAGGGAGAAGAAGCGGGAGGAUGAGGAGCAGAGGAUGAAAAGGGCAGGGAGGACAGGCAGUGAAGAGGAGCAGGAGAAGAAGAGGAAGGAGCUCUUGAAGGACGUGAAGGACACUUUGAGAAGGGAGAUAAGGAGGGAGAAAAAGGAGGAAGGAGAGGAGGAGGGGGCUGACAUGGCUGAGAUUAAGAGGCAGGAAGAGAAGGAAGGGGAAAAAAGUCACAUAAAUUCGGAAGGAGGAAGAGUUGAGGGAGAAGCAGAAGCACAAGAAAAAAAUCAGGCCUGA